AAGAGGGAGGGAAGAAGGACCCGGGAAGGUCUUUUAAGAAAUUGACCCUGGCCCCUUCCUCCUGUGUCCCCCCUCAGUCUGAUGAUGCCAUGGGAUCCUUGGGCCUCCCGGCGCACGGGACGCAGAGGAAAGGGGUUAGUCCGGGGGAGGGACGGGGCAGAGGCGGCGGAGAGGCGCGGCUAUCUGGGGUGCAGGGUUCACCCCGCCUCUGCCUUCCAGGUCUGGCGCGGUAGACUAAAAGCAGGUUAAAGUUGAAGCUCAAAGUGGAGGUAGUGUGGAAGGGAACCAAGCGAAAGGUGCAGGGGCGGGGCCCCCAGCUAUGGCGGAGUUUGGGGUACGCAGACCCCCACAUACCGCUCCGCCCCGUCCCAGACACGCAGUUCCCACCUCCGGAGGGAUCCGACUGGAAGUUCCGAGUCCCUGAAAUCUAGAAGGUGCACGUGGGAGUGUCCGCGGCCAGGACCACGCGAGGGCGGGCCCCGGCGUUUUGCCGUGGUUACGGAGGCGGGCUCCUGGCGCCGAAGCCAAUGGGGAUGGAGAUCGGACUGUGGGGGCGUGGCCCAACUCCAAAAAAAGUUCUCCGAGGUUUUGGAAGCGGCGGCGGCGGGAAAGCGCUGGAGUUAAGUCUGAGCCGCGGGCGGCUGCCGCGCCGGGACUGUGCGGGGGCCGGGCCGACGCUCGGGAGGACGCACGGGCCGGGAGGCGGACGGAAGCACUGACAGACUCUGACCGGCGGACAGGCGGGCGAACCCCCAUGGCGCCGGCGGGAUUCACGGUGGCGGCCGUCUCCUUCGCUCUGUUCCGGGGGCUGCACCGGGGUCUCAAGCUAGUGCCCACCCCGCCCCUCGCCGACCCCCAGGACCGCUGGAUGUGGAGGAACAUCUGCGCCUCCCUCGUACACAGCCUGCUGGCCGGGGCCGGGGCGCUGCUCUGGAUGUCCCAGUACUCCCAUCUGGUCGCGGAUUUCGCCCGCAGCUGCCCCCCCAGGACUGCCGCUCUGGUCUCUCUGUCCAUCGGUUACUUCCUGGCAGAUGGGGUGGAUCUCCUAUGGAAUCAGCCCUUGGGCCGCUCGUGGCACCUGCUCUGUCACCACGCUCUGGCGGUGGGCUGCCUGGGUGUGGCUGUGCUGCCGGGAAGCUGCCUGAGCAUCUCAGUGGUGCCGCUGCUGCUGGAGGUGAACUCGGUCUGCCUGCACCUGCGGACGCUGCUUCUGCUGGCCGGCCUGCGGUCCUCCCUGCUCUGCCGCCUGGUCAGCUGGGCCACGCUGGCCACCCUGCUGGUCUUCCGCCUGCUGCCCUUGGGAUGGACGAGCCUGCAGCUGCUCCGGCACCACCCCCGCUUCCCCCUCCCCUUCAGUGUCCUCUGGGGAGUCGGGCUGCUCGCCAUCACCAUCAUGAGCAUUAAGUUACUCACUGACCUGCUCGGCAGUGGCCCGUGGGCCCCAGCCUCGCCCACAGAGAAGGAGGCCAGAAGCACCUGGGAACGGGGGAGGGAGGAUUACGCCAGGCCUCCACACAGAGAGGACGCUGCCUCCAAGCGGCAGGAUUAGGCUGGACUGGUGAUCUCUGGGACAUGAGGCUAAGGUCAGGAAGGGGGAUGGGGUUUAAUCCUCUGGGCCCGCUUAUCCUGGAGUUCUAGGAGCAGAACGGACCUCGGCGCCGUGCUCCUGGGACGAGAGCCUCCGUGCUGGUGUUAACAGCUAACUGGGAACAUUAACUGGCAUUCGCCAUUUUUCAUGAGACAGUUUUCCCCAUUGGGCAAACUGGGGACCCAGCAGGGGCUGGAUCUCUACAAUUUGGGUGGGCAGAUGGACGUAGAAAGGGUCGAGCCAGUUGAAACUGAUGGAGUAAAUGGGGCUUCCUACCUUCAGCAGCAGUCUGCGUAGGGGGAUAGAAAAGUCAUACCAGUCAGACUCACCCCUUCCAAAAACAUGGCCAUGGGUGGUGAUCCCCGGCUGCUGUCUAUAAACAGUGGGAAUAGCCAAUAGUCCGGGUGAUCUCGACACAUGGGAAUGGUGGGCACCAGGGUCCCAGGGUUGUUGAUUUGUUUUUAGCUGCACUUAUCAUUGUUUGCCCCUGACCCUAAUUCUUCACUCAUCAUCCCUCCCCCCCAUCUCCUUUAAAGAAAAUACAAGAACUCUGAAUCUGGA